GGUUUUCGGACUUGCCCUUGACUCCUCUUCAUUGAGUGGCUCUUCUGGAGGGCCAGGGAGAGCAGAGGAGGAUGGCAACGGAGAUCAGUGCCCGGGGCGGGCAGCGCGCCAUCGGGCAGGAGGAGUACAGCCUCUACAGCAGCCUGAGCGAGGAGGAGCUGGUCCACAUGGCCAUCGAGCAGAGCCUGGCUGACAAGACGCGGGGCCCGGCCGCCCCCGAGGCCGCCGGCUGCAGCCACACCAACCACCAGCCCGCACGCUGCUCCCCCAGCACCAGGUCUGCCGUGCCCCCCGAGAGUCCCCCAGCCCCGGCACCCAUGGGCUUGUUCCAAGGGGUCCUGCAGAAAUACAGCAGCAGCUUGUUCAAGACUUCACAGCCGGCGGCCGUGGACCCCGUGCUGAAGGCCAUCAAGGACGGUGAUGACGAGGCCUUGAGAGCCAUGAUCAAGGAAGGGAAAAACCUGGCGGAACCCAACAAGGAGGGCUGGCUACCACUGCACGAGGCCGCUUACUAUGGCCAGCUGGGUUGCCUGAAGCUGCUGCAGCAGGCAUAUCCCGGGACCAUUGACCAGCGCACGCUGCAGGAGGAGACAGCCCUCUACCUGGCAACAUGCAGAGGCCACCUGGACUGUCUGCUCGAGCUGCUCAAGGCGGGCGCAGAGCCUGACAUCUCCAACAAGUCCCGAGAGACUCCACUCUACAAAGCCUGUGAGCGAAAGAACGCGGAGGCAGUGAGGAUCCUGGUACAGCACAACGCGGAUGCCAACCACCGCUGCAACCGCGGCUGGACCGCUCUGCACGAGUCUGUCUCGCGCAACGACCUGGAGGUGAUGGAGAUCCUGGUGGAUGGAGGGGCCAAGGUGGAAGCCAAGAACACCUACGGCAUCACCCCCUUGUUCGUGGCUGCCCAGAGCGGACAGCUUGAUGCCCUGAGGUUCCUAGCCAAGCAUGGUGCUGACAUCAACACGCAGGCCAGCGACAGCGCGUCAGCCCUCUAUGAGGCCUGCAAGAAUGAGCAUGAGGAUGUGGUGGAGUUCCUGCUGGCGCAGGGCGCCGAUGCCAACAGGGCCAACAAGGACGGCUUCCUCCCGCUGCACGUGGCCUCCAAAAAGGGUAACUACAGGAUCGUGCAGAGACUGCUGCCGGUAACCAGCCGCACCCGCGUGCGCCGCAGCGGCAUCAGCCCGCUGCACCUGGCGGCAGAGCGCAACCACGACGCGGUGCUGGAGGCGCUGCUGGCCGCGCGCUUCGACGUGAACGCGCCGCUGGCGCCCGAGCGCGCCCGUCUCUAUGAGGACCGGCGCACCUCCGCGCUCUACUUCGCCGUGGUCAACAACAACGUGUACGCCACUGAGCUGCUGCUGCUCGCCGGCGCCGACCCCAACUGUGACGUGAUCAGCCCGCUGCUCGUGGCCAUCCGCCACGGCUGCCUGCGCACCAUGCAGCUGCUGCUGGACCACGGCGCCAACAUCGACGCUUACAUUGCCACGCACCCCACCGCCUUCCCCGCCACCAUCAUGUUCGCCAUGAAGUGCCUGUCGUUGCUCAAGUUCCUCAUGGACCUGGGCUGUGAUGGCGAGCCCUGCUUCUCGUGCCUAUAUGGCAAUGGCCCGCACCCGCCCGCCCCGCUGCCCUCCAGCAGGUUCAACGACGCGCCCGCCACCGACAAGGCACCCAGCGUGGUCCAGUUCUGCGAGUUCCUGUCUGCCCCCGAGGUGAGCCGCUGGGCGGGGCCCAUCAUCGACGUGCUGCUGGACUACGUGGGCAAUGUACAGCUGUGCUCGCGGCUCAAGGAGCACAUUGACAGCUACGAGGACUGGGCCGUCAUCAAGGAGAAGGCAGAGCCUCCCAGGCCCCUGGCGCACCUCUGCCGGCUGCGGGUUCGGAAGGCCAUCGGGAAAUACCGCAUCAAACUCCUGGACACUUUGCCUCUCCCGGGCAGGCUGAUCCGGUACCUCAAAUACGAGAGCACUCAGUGACCAGGGCUUUCCACGGCGUCUCUCACGGUGUGGCCCCUAGACCCACGGGGUUGCCAGCCGGUCGCAGGAGGCAGCCACAGCGCUCUCACCAGGACUCGGGCCGGAGCUCCUCCCAGAACAGAGAAUGUGAUAUGUCAAGUGUGCGUUGCCAGCCACCGAGUCCGCCACGGCGCUUGCCUGUCUUUGAGCCUGGGGCAGCACUGGUGGUGGUCCUGCCUGGAGAAGGCAAGGCCAUCAGGGGCCCCUGGGCUGCGGCGGACGCAGAUGACCUUAAGGGACCGGAGGAACUCACGUCCCAGCCUUCCCAGCAUCCCUGCCCCCUGCCCUGUGUUACGCUUGACUCCCAAAGUCUUUUACCAAGUUGGUGGCCCAGGGCUGGGAGAGGGAGAUCUCUGGGUCUGGGCCGGGGGGACUUUGUAAAAUACAAUAAAUGUGCACACACAUCUUCCUGCU